AUGAUAACUAGUAGUAUAGAUGUGCUUGUUAAUCCACUUAUUCUAUUAAUAAGUAUAUUAUCAGCUAUAAUCAUUAUACUAUUAAAUGAUUUUUUAAAAAAGAUAUUAUAUAUAAUGACAGGUAAUAAACAAGAAUUAAUAAUGAAUAUACACAUUAACAAUAUAAAUACACAAACAUAA